UUAAUUAUAAAACCUUGCACAACAAGUAGUUUUUCUACCGAGGCCCAGUUUCUGAUUCUGUGCCAACUUACCAGGUCCUGCUUCCUCAGACUUACACAAACUAAUUUGUAGCACAAGGAAUUCCCUCCUCAUUUCAGUUUUUUUCCUAUAUAAAGAUGGAUGAAGAACCCAUAAUUUAUAGUAUUACUACUCUAAACCAGGAUUUUCAGCAGAGGCAUACAGCAAAAAAUAUUAAGCAUAAAUUGGAUCCAAAUGAAUUGCCAUUAACCAAGAAGAAGCUGAAACACCAGAAACCUUGUAAAAGACAGCACGAAAAUAUAGCAGAAGAUGUCAAUGAUGAAGAUGUCUUGCCUCUUCCAUGGAGGCUCAUUUCUAAAAUCCUGGGUGUCUUGUGCUUUCUCCUAAUGGCCAUGGCCAUUGUGGUAGCUGUUGUUACUGCAAACUCAUCUUCCAAAAAACCACCUCUCAAAAUCCAGCAGAAAGAGAACCUGUGUCUUGGACCUCAGUGUCAUUCUUGUCCAGAGAAUUGGGUUUGGUUCAGAUGCAGCUGUUACUACUUUUCCAAGGAAAAGUUAACUUGGAUAGAGAGUCAAAGUGCCUGUUCAUCUCUAAAUUCCAGUCUCAUCAAGAUAAACAAGGAGGAGAUGCAUUUCUUCUCCUUAAAGUCUUUCUUUUGGAUUGGAGUCUACUAUAAUGAAACUGGCAGGCACUGGCUGUGGGAAAAUGAUUCACUUCUGCCUUAUGAUAUGUUUUCUCUUCCUACACCUGUAUUAAGACAUAACUGUCUAUCUUACAAAUCAGGAGAAGUUUAUCUAAGUGAAAGCUGUGAAAUUAAACAGACUUACAUUUGCUUUACAUAUGAUAUCAUGGACUUUACACAUUAUACUUUCUUUAAAGAAAUGAUGAGAAAGAACUGUCUAUAAAAGAACAAUCACUGUUUGUCGUUUGAUUUGUCUUUAUUUUCUGACUCUGUUGGAUGUUAUGUGUGAUUCAUGUUGGCUAUGUCUCAUGUCACUCUGGAUUAGAAUAACAUGUUUUAAAUUUAGAAAUUUGACUUCUAUUUGUAAAAUAAGCUUUAAAUUUUAGAUUGUGUUCUUGCUAAAACUGACAUUUAACUACACAGUCUUACAACUGAUUUCUAAGAAUAGGUUGAUUCUCUUAAUAUAUUCUGCAAAACCAUGGCUGUGUGAUUCACUUUUUAUCUCAGGAAUAAUUUUUGUCAUAUGAUAGCUUUCUUUUCUUCCAGUGUGAGUUGCCUGUUCUGAAAACUUUCCAUUGAGUUCAAUCACUGUUCAGUGGUGCUGAGGAAAUUGAGACAGACAAUAAAGAUAUUUACUAAGUGGGUAAAGGCUGUCAUGAUUCUGAAUCUAGUGUGAUUUCCUGUGAUCACACUUGCCUGCCGGAAUGAUAACAACACAAACAAUGAUGUUAAAGUGACAGUGAUCACGCACAUCCAGGGUUGCGCACCUCACUUUUGGUCUCUUUCUCUCCUUAAACUUCAUCUUCUACUCCUUGGCCAGCAGGUUGAAGAAGGAAAGGAAGAGAAUGUCCACCCAAUUUGGAUGAAUUAAAAUUAGAUUUGUCCAUCUCAAACUCCAGCGGAUAGCCAAAAAGGACCUACUCUAUAGCACAGGGAACUCUGCCCAAUGUUAUGUGGGAGCCUGGAUGGGAGGGAGUUUGGGGGAGAAUGGAUACAUGUAUGUGUAUGAUUGAGUCCCUUGGCUGUUUACCUGCAACUAUCACAACAUUGUUAAUUGGUUACUCCAAUACCCAGUAAAAAGUUAAAAAAAAUUAGAUUUGAAUGCUAAAUAGCUUGUCAUUCUGUUGUCAUAUCAUUUAGCUUUGUGCUGCUACUUUUCUAGAUACUCUGUACUUUUUCUCAUCAGAUUACCCCACUCAGUGGAUAACUUGGAAAUAUUAUAAUCAUUUUUAAAUAAAUCUAUUCAAUUCA